GUCGUCAGUCGUGCAUUCGCAAAUUUUUCGUCUCAGCUUCAGAUUUGUCGUAUUAGUGUUCCAAAUUUUCGAGUCCACUCGUCGCUUAUAAUCCAAGUACAUAGUACGUACGUGUGUCCCGUUUUCUCGUAUUUCUAUACUUUCUCGUAUUUUGUUCAGUCAAACAGCCAACGGUAAUCGCGCAACAAUUGUAACUCUACGAUAACCCUACUCUUCGUUUUAUAAUAACCGUGAACGUGCGUAUUGUACCCGAAUAAACAAUGUUGAUCGAAUGUUCGCUAAUCAUCUAUGAUCUGGUCUCACCAGUAAGAAAGGAGUUAGUGUCACACAGGUCGUAUUUGUUUACCCAAAUAGUAACCGGCAAAUACUAUUUGUGCGUGUCGAACUCAACUUACGCGAAUAGAAUCCACUAUGACAUUGCCAUGUUGGAAAAAAUAUUGUACAAGAAUAUUAAAGAAAGGAAAAUGGGAUUGCUGUUCAAAGAUCCCAAGCAAGUGUUGAUGGCAACAGCCGAUAGCAGUGAAAUGCUCUAUUUGUUCUACCGUCAACUUAAUGACAUUAUUGAUGGGAAAAAUAUAAUCAUCGGUAAACGCCAUAAUUUACCGAAGAUAGAACAUAAUGAAAACUGUUAUAAUUUGGUUCGUUAUUCAAAUCCUCUUGAUAGUAAUGUCUUUGAUAACAUUCUCUUGAAGAUAAACCAUUUGAGUAAGAUUGUUAUGGAAAACUGUGAUCUACCAAAAAUUCCUAUAAACAUUGGCAAUCUACCUAUUAGAUAUCUGAGUAUAUCAGGCAGUAAUAUACCUACAUCACAAUUUGAUCAAAAUAUUUACUGGAAUUGGAUGUCUAUGAAAACAAUUAGUUGUACAUUAGUAGUCUUAAAAAUUAAUGCAAUUGGUUUGAAAUUAUUGCCAUUUGAAUUAUUGUUCCUAAAAAAUCUACAGAGUUUAUCUGCGUCCAAAAAUUUUCUGACAUUUUUACCCCACUUCAUCGCUGAAAUGAAAAAACUCAAUCGCUUAAUUGUUGCUGAUAAUAUGUUAACAUAUUAUCCUGAUCGUUUAUCUCGUAGAUCCUUUAAAACAGUUGAUAUAUCAAAUAACUUAUUUGAUGUACCUGAAUCUCUACGUUUUAAGCAUUUAACUAAAUAUUUGAAUGUAUUUGGAAGUCUUAAGAGACCAGAUAAAGAAUUAAAUGUAAAACCAUUAAGUCAUUUGUCAUUUUACUCUUUGAUUAAAACUCGUAUACCAUUUAUAAGACAAGAUAUACCUCAAACAUUGUGGUUAUUUUAUGAUGUAGUUGGUCGUUGUGCAAAAUGUAAUAAAUGUAUACUACCAGAUUAUUCUGUUAUAAGUCAUCGGAAUGGCUUACCUAGAGCUAUAAAUUUAAUUAAAGAUCAAAAUACUAUCAAUAUACCACUACAAUUUUUGUUAUGUCGAGUUUCGCGUCAUUUAUGUGUAAGGCGUUAAUAUUUUAAUGCUUAAGUUCAUGGGCGUCCCUAGGCGGGCAAGUGCCCCGUCUUGC